AGUGAAAUAAUGAGGAGGGGAAUGAUGAAUUGGAAUGUAGGAAUUGGGUUUCAUGAGUGUCUGAAAGAACUUAGCAGUUAAAAAAGGGCCACCAAAUCUGGCCAGUCAAAGCCCACAACAGUGAAAAAAAAAAAGAAAAAGAAAGAGGUAAGCUGAGGGGGGAGAGAGAGAGAGAGGAAACAGGGGAGAUGAUUUUGACAUGGGCAGGUUGGGAUUUCAAUAUUUUUUGUUGGGUUUCAUUCCAUGCCAAAAACAGUGAAAACCCCAUGAAAGUGUAGGACUUUUUUUUUUGCAGGUCACCUUCUUUCUUGAAUCAAAGAUAGCCCCUUUCUUUUUUCCUAUUUUUUUAUUUUUGUGCCUGUUCUGCUCAUGGAUCCCAAGGGUUCAAAGCAGCAGCCACAAGAGGUCCCCAACUUCUUGAGCCUCCCACAACCCAACAUGGGCGAGAACAAGCCAGCAGAAAUCAAAGACUUCCAGAUUGUGAUUGCAGACAAGGAAGAGGGCAAGAAGCAGUUGGCCCCAAAGAGAAGCUCAAACAAGGACAGGCAUACGAAGGUGGAAGGCAGGGGAAGAAGGAUAAGGAUGCCUGCUCUGUGCGCAGCCAGAAUCUUCCAAUUGACCAGAGAGUUGGGUCACAAAUCUGAUGGCGAAACCAUUCAGUGGUUGCUGCAGCAGGCGGAACCCUCGAUUCUCGCCGCCACCGGCACCGGGACGAUUCCGGCGUCGGCCCUGGCCGCGGCGGGAGGCUCUGUUUCGCAGCAGGGGAGCUCUGUUUCAGUGGGAUUGCAUCAAAAGAUUGAGGAAUUAGGGGGGUCCAGUAUAGGGUCAGGGAGUAGGACCAGUUGGGCAAUGGUGGGUGGGAAUUUGGGAAGACCCCAUAUGGCCACAGGGCUAUGGGGUCCUCCUGUAAGUGGGUAUGGGUUUGGGUCAUCAUCUGCUGCUCCAUCAGCAGCAAGUUUGGGCAGCGAAAGUUCCAAUUAUCUGCAGAAAAUUGGGUACCCUGGCUUUGACUUGGCUGCAACCAACAUGGGUCCUAUGAGCUUUACCUCAAUUUUGGGUGGGAGUGGGCAUCAGCUGCCUGGUUUGGAGCUAGGGCUCUCUCAGGAUGGGCAUAUUGGGGUUUUGAACCAGCAGGCGUUGAGCCAGAUUUAUCAGCAGAUGGGGCAGGGCAGAAUGCACCAGCAACAGCAGCAGCAGCAGCAUCAGCAGCAGCAGCAGCCUCCUGCUAAGGAUGAUUCUCAAGGGUCUGGACAGUAGUAUAUUUGGAGAUUAUAGGGUUUCUGGAAUGAGGAGGAUUUGGGUGGAGGAGCAGGAAAGGAGGUAGCAUUGGUGAGAAGCUGAGUUUUUCUUUUAAUGGUUUCUGUACUACUGUAUAAUUGCAGAAUGUGAGGGAAGAGAUUACUGGGCAUUCAGUAAGAACUAGGUUUGGUUUGCCUAAUUGCCUCUUCUUUUUGUUUCCUCCACUGCUUCACCCAAGUCUCCAAAUACAGGUGGAACUCAGCAGAGCCAAAUAGCUUGGGUUUGGGCUUAACUUCUUGUUUAUUUCAGAGGUGUGUUGAUUUAUAGUAUAAGGCAUCUUUAAUUAUUUUGUUCUUCUUAGGUCUGAAUGGAAUGGUGAUAAGCUUGUUUUUGAAAUAAAUAUAGAGUUUCACAGUUA